UUGAAGUCUGAAGGAGCUUUCGAGACAACAGAUGGAAAAGUUUACUUCACUGACCAACAGUUCAUUAUAGAACAUCUCAUUGACUUAGAGUCAAAAUAUUCUAAACUUUACAACAAACACAAAAAGUUGAAAGGAAAACAAAAACAAAUGGCAUAUGAUAUUUAUGAAGAUGUUGACGACACAACUGUUCCUGCAGGUGAAGUAAAGUCAGAGGAACCGAAAAGUGACGAAAAACCGAUAGAAGAAGAGAAACCAAAAACUGAAGAUAAACCAAAACCAAAGUUUAGUUUCCAAACUAAACCAAGUCAACCUUCAUUAGCUGGUAUGGGUUGGCGUCAAAGACUUAUGGCAGCAGGCGGUUAUGUUAAGUAA